AUGACGGAAAAUCAGGAUAAUGGUCUGGUAAAUGACAUGCCUACCCAGGAUUAUAACAAGGUAGGUUUAAAUGCCUCGCCUCAUAAUGAUGAGACCACUGGGGUACACAGCGACAACGGAGAGGAUUUGAACCAUGCGGCAGUAGAUCCCGAAACAUCGACCAGUCCCUUCAUAUCUAACCCUGAUGGCAAUGUGAACCGUGAAAUAAUAUCCGAGUCAGGAGUUGAUAACAAUCAAGAAGGUGUCAGAAAAGACGAAGUUAACACCGGAACAACUAGUGUUAACUUUAGUCACGAGGAAGACGCUCACAACAACACGGUAAAUGGAAACUCCCAAAGACAGGAGGUAGGCUAUGGAGGUAAGGAGGAGGAGAAUUUCGGAACAAGUCAACCCUCAACUACAAGAGAUGACGGUAAUGAGCAAGCACUGAGCCAGUCAAGAGACAACAGUGUUAACGAGGAUAAAGAACCAGACGUACCAGUAAAGUAUUUCAUGCCAGAUCACAAUACAAAUGAUACGAUUCAGUCAGUUGAUGACAAAGGGAAUAAUGGUGAUAGUGGUGUAGGACUGGAACAGAAAAUAAAGGACGAAAGUGAUCACGAUUACUCGGAGUCUUUCGAAGAACCUUCAAAGUCUGAACAUUCGGAACCUUCUUUUCCAACAUACAAUAGUGAUAAAGAUGAAAGUUGUAACAGCAAACCUUUAGCUGAAAAAGAAGAGGAAGUCGGUGAGAAUGAAACUGGUAGCAAGCUUAAAAUAGCUUUACAAGACGAUGUUGAAUUAGAGCCAGAAUUUACAUCGUCACCACGUGUUCAGAUAACCGAUACUAGAGGUCAGUCUAAAUUGGAUGUAGCUGACGGACACACUGAACAGUCGGCAGCUAACGGAGAAAUUACUGAAGUAAGGCCGUCUAGUCACACAUCGGUAGCAUCUGCAGAUAGGACUGUCACAGAAGGUUCAUGGCCUUCUUAUGAACAAAAGGAGGAUAGUAAAAGUGGCGAGGGAAAUUUACAAGAAGGAGUCUUGAAAAACCAAGGUUACGAAGACAGUCAAACUAAUGACAGUGUAAAAAGUCAAAAUACUGUUGACAACCAGGAAAAUAUAAGAGAAGAAAAGCAUGUUAGCUUUUCAGAUGAUCCAAAAGUGAAAAGUAAAAAUUCUCAACUCCCUGAACCAGUCAUAAAAGAUAAAUCGGAAGAGUCUGAUACCAUUACUGAGGAGAAAAAAGAAGAACUCGCUCCAAGGGGAGGCGACGAUACGCUGGAUGAUAUAGAGGCUCUUACGACUAUAUCAGAAGCUAAUCCUGUAGACAUUGAAACUUCCCAAAACCCUAAUGAUCAGGAGCCAGUCGCAAAAGUAAAUCUCACUAAACCUGAAGUAGAGAAAUCAGACAUGGCGGAUGAUAUAGCACGUGCUGAUGAUAUACCUAAACAGGAAGGAAGUAAUGAUACUGAUCACGAAACAGAAGAAUUGACGUCUGAGGAAGUUCCUCGACCGCAGUCUGUGACAGAAAAACAAGAAGAGCAUGAUCAAGUUACUAGGGAUGUAGAGGAGAAUCAACCACAUAUUCAGUCAUCUACUGAAUCUGCAGGUCAAGAGGAGCAACACUCAGAUAAAACAAACGAAGAAAUUUCCCAGUCAUUCGCGGACGAUGAAGCAGCUCCGAAAGAAGACAUUUCUGUCUCGCGGCAGGAAUCAGAAAAACAUGUUGACACUGGAGAUGAUCCUAAUAAAGAUUCUGAUUCUGAAAAGGAGGAGGAACGACAACAGCUUCAGAAUGCUGAUUCGUUCGAUAACCCCAACACGGAUAAUGAUGAAGCAAAACAUUCUACCGAAGAACUUCAUGUACAGUCUGAUAAAGAACAACACUUUUCAAAUGAUGGGAACCAAGGAACCGAUAAGUCAAGUUCCCAAAAACAAGAAUUGGAUGAACUUGAGAAAUCCAAUCCAGACUCUGAACGAAACAUUACGUCAAAUGGUAAGGUUGAUAUUGAGGAAAGUAAUACAUCAGAUGCUGAAAAGGAACACACUCGACCCCCAACAGAAUCACAAGAUCAAGUUAAAAAGCAGGAUGAGCCAGAACCAGAAAAAAAACCGGAACCUCAACCAGAACAGGAACCGGAACCGGAACCGGAACCAGAACCGGAACCAGAACCAGAACCGGAGAGAAUAUUCCGGAAUAUAGAGAUAGACAAUGCUGUAGACACAGUUAACAAUGUGGAAGUUAGUGUUCAGGAACUACUAGGAGAUAUGAAAGAAUUAAUGGACGAUUAUCAUUACAAGUUGAAAUCACAACCUCUGACAGAAUUCGUACAAGACUUAGACAAGUUCCGUGGAGAUUUUAAAUCCAUGCAUGAUGCUUAUAAAAAAUGUGAUACAAUGUUUAUACAGCUUAACAAAACGUUGAAGGAAUUACGAGUUUUAGGAGACGAAUUCAACUCUUUAAUGGACCGAAAGUUUCGGGAGGAGGAACUUUCAACGUGGACUGUUGAAGAUGAAGAUGACGAAAAAGAUCGAAUACAAGCUGAACGAGUGGCCGCUACAAAAGCAGCAAUAGCAAAAGCUACAGAUGCUCGAGCAUUUGUGGCAAAGGCGGCAAUCGCUGUGGCUGAAUCCAACUUGCUCGCUGGAGAAUGUGAGGCUGACGCCGCCGACGCCGCCUCGACGGCCGCCAGGGCGUUGGAACUAGCGCAAAGGGCAAGAAAGGACGUAGAAGAUGCAUUAUUGGCUGCAGAGGAAAAACGCAAAUCCGAAGAGAUAGCUCGUGAAAGGGCUGCAGAGAGAGCACGGAAAAAGGCGGAGGAAGAGAAAAAGAAACAAAUCGAGGAAGACAAGCGAAUAGCAUUAGAGGCUAAGAAGAAAGGGACAUCAUUUGCUGACGAAAAGAAGCGUACUCUUAAUGAAAAGGCACGCAAAGAAGCUGAACGACGCAAUCCAAAAAAUUGGCGUCGACUUGUUUACAGCGCUGAGGGCGGAGACUUUGAUCCUGGAGUGGGUUGUAUCCUCAGAGCUAUCGACAACUGUCUGGACCGGGACGAUGUAAAUGUGGUCAGACUCGAUCAACUGUCGGGAGUUCUGACCCUUGUCGAUAAUGAAGAGCUCAUCAGCAACAUCAUCAAGAUUACACCAUCAGACGCCGAACGAAAGUUCUCGUUUGAGGAGCCGUUGGCUUUGUCUAUUCCACACUGCCUCCCAAGGGCUGUAGCUGGCAGGGAAGUGGUGGUAAAGACAAUAGGGUCCAACGGGAAGUGGGUGGAGCUUCCUACCAAAGACGUCGUAUUUGAGGAUAUCAAGGAAAUGCGCUUUGGAGAAGCUCAGACGCGAAGGUUUGGUGUGUUUGCUGUGGUGCUUCGGCUAAAGAAGGAUACGCUUACAUUCGUCCGGAAAGGAAACAAAAUACACACGGCUGUAGAUGCACGGGUGUCGUUCACGUGUCCGCCUGGCAUGUUCAAAACCAACACUAACUUUACUGUAGAGGUUCAACCAAUUGACCAGACGGUUAUAACCGAUCUCAAAUACAAACGUCCAGUGGAAUGCGCUAACCUCAUGGCUUGUAGUCCUAUAAUGAAGUUCAGCAUCCAGAAUAGGAAAUUCAACAAGGCACUCACCAUGACACUACCCUUACCCCCGAAUCCUACUCGACCCAAGAGACCGAACACAGCAGCGGCGUCAAUGCCCAAGGAGGACAAAUCUGAACCACGCCCAGUCACGGCCCGUCCACUAGUCUCUUUCAAUGCCAACAAGGAAGAGGAGGUAGAAGAAGAACUUCAUCUGUUAGUCUGCGAAGAAGGUUGUCUAUGGACGAAACUUACUGACGUCACUAUAGUACAAGCCAAGAACAAAGACAUCGUGACAUUAGAGGUCAAGGAACCACAUGACCGAUUUCUGGUGAUACGCACAGGCCUUGGAGUAGGUCCCCAAAAGUUAGAGGCAGCAGCCGGAUUGCUAGAAAUGUCGGUAACCCAAAGGUCUAUUAAUGUGUUUCUUCGGCAGUUAAACACUAAUCUGACCAAGGUUGUUGUAGGGUGCUGCAAGAGUAACAAAACGGAAAAGGAACUUAAGAAAUUGGCAGCGGAUGGAUACGAAGAUGGUCCGGCGCCAAGUCGUGAAAUUAUUGUAAAAGAAGGACAAAUUAUGAGAAUUGCGUUUAGAGGAAAUAUACAUUGUACAACAGAAGACGUGGUGCUUCAGUUUAUAUAUAACACGCAUAUUAAGUCUAAGGUGCACUACUCCAUUCUUGAGACGGACCGUUUUGCACAAAAGGGAUUUAACUGUUACCGAGGUUUCUCCCAAAUUUACACUAAUGUGCUAGUGCCAAAGCCAGUACCACCGUCAGACAAGCCCAAACAGAAACAAAUAGUCACAGAAAUGAUGGAGGAGGAGAGAUUAGUGGCCGAACUACUAAUGAACAUACCCAAACCGGAACCUGAGCCUCCCAAGCCACUGCGCACAGCUCCUAUUAAGAUCACCACAGAAGGUCCUGACACACAGGACGCACUCAUGUACUUGGCCGGAGAGCUUGGAGAUGAAUGGAAGAAAUUAGCACAGUAUCUCAACCUCAAGAGUGUCAGGAUACAGGCUAUUCUCAGACAGAACAACAUGAACCCUGACCCAAAAAAGAUCCGGUAUGACAUGCUAGUCACAUGGGCCAAGAGGGUACCGAGGAGUGCGAACAAGUUGGAGAUACUAGCACAUGCUCUCCUGGCGAGCGGACGAGGAGACCUGGCGGAGGAACUUCGUGAACGCGACACGGAAUUCCGCCGGAAACGAAGUGCCGCCCUGCGAGAUACCUACCUGAACCGAGCCUUCGUCAAGGUAGCGCAAAACCCGACCGCUGUUAAGGAAUGGAAGACAAUCGCCAAACGACUUGGAGUCUCAGACAUGGAUGUGACUGAAAUUGAGCGGACCAAGCCCUCCAUCCAAGAGAAGUGCUAUCACAGUCUCCGUCGGUGGCAGACGACAAGCGGAGAACAAGCGUCACUUCCGGUUCUUGGUGCUAAGCUACGUUUGUGCAACUACAGAGGACUUGCAAGGGACAUCGAAACGAUAGGAUAA